AUGCCUCCAAAGCCAAAGCCAAAGCAAUCCCCCAAGCUUACAAAAAGUGGUUUGCCAAGAAAACCUCGUCGCACGAAGGCAGCUUUAGCAUCAGAUGCUGCCUUAUGUGGGCAAACGGUGAGAGGCAAGCAAACUCGUGCUGAACUCAGACAAUCUCGUUUGGCUGCGGAAGAACGAGACCGCUUGGAAACCCAAAAGUCCACCACUUCACGUUCAACGGUCACAGCUUCAAGAUCCCAGGGAACUUCAGCAACUCCCAAAUCUAGAAUUCCGACUCUAAAAUCUCCAGCUUUGACUCCGAAACCUCCUUCAGCAUCUCAACCUUCUGUACCAGCAUCCCAAGCAACACAAAAUGGACCUCUCUUUCGAAGACCCGACUAUGAGCGUAUUGUGACUUUCCUGUCUGUACCUAAGAACCGCGAUAUAAUCUUUGGAUCGGCUCGAACCAAGGUCACCGGCUUACCUAUGUCCCCAGCUACCUACCUCAGCACCUUAGCCAAAGAAAUCAACACGGACUACAACACCCGAAAUCGAAUCUUUAGUCGAUCAAAAUCACACCCAAACGGAUUGGUAAUGAACCUCACCGGGAGAACUCUGGAAGCCCGCAUCAAACGGUACAAGGCCAGGUACCACAGAGUCAGAGAGCUAGCUUGUUCGACUGGGCAAGGUCUAAAAGAUGAACAAUGUGCAAAAGCCGAGCAAUCUUCCGUCGAGUCCUCUGAAAUGAAAAGCGAAGUCACUCACGUUUCCGACUCAGAAGAGGAACAAACUCAAGAAAAAAUUCAUCCAUUCCAUCCAGAUCGAACGGCAUCUCACUUAAGUUUAUCUGCUCAAGACAAUCACGCUGAAGAUUACGAAGAUUACGAAGAAGAUCAGGAGGAGGAGGAGGAGGCUCAAGAUCAAGCUCAAGAUGAAAACAACUCUGAUUAUCGCAUUUCAACCCGACAAGAAUCAGAAUCCAGACUUCAGGCAUUCAUCGCUUCUCUCACACCUGAUUUGGAUCUACCCUUCCCACCUGAUUUCAAUAUCCCCUUCCCUCUUGAUCCUUCUCAAGCCGAAUUCGAAUUCCCGGACCUACCACCACCAAUUGAUCCUUCUGCUGAUUACUGCCUCAACAUGCCACCAGGAAAUUUCUCUCCAGUAGCCGGCGCUCAACCUGUGGUCGAUGAUCUUUACUUGAAUCUCAACAAAGACAGUUGUCCAGCUGACAAUCCUUCCACCGCGACUAACCAUUCAAUCUUACCACCUGAUUACGAUCCAGUACCAGAGUUGGAGUUCAACAGCGGAAAUGAAGACAUCCUAGACGAGCACAUCCCAGACGAGCAACCAACUCAAACCACCAAAAAGCCCAAGAAGAAACACCGUGCGGAAGCCUUGCUCACAGCCGAGGAAAUGGCUCUUGAUUCUGGAAGCGACGACGAUUCGGAAAUCCUUGGCCCUUCCAAGAAGAGGAUGAAGCAAUCACAACCCCAGUCCCGCAAAAAUAAAGAGAUCAGAUCUAACAACAUCUGGCGUCGCAACUUAGAGAUGAUGAAGCAAAAAGAGGCUGCUGACGCCGAGGUAAUCAGAAAGCAAGAAGUACAAGCCGUGAAGCUAUUCGAACAGCAAAAACUUGAGAAGGAGCAUAUACAAGCACAAAUUGUUGAACGUAGCAAAUUCGCUCAAAGCCUUAUUUUAUCUGGCAAAUCUCCUCAAGAAGUUACAGAUUACCUUGCUGCAGUAUUUCCUGCCUUUGGAACCGAUUCUCUUGCUGUUGUCUCAUCUGAACAAUCUUUACUGAUUUCCUAUUUUCCUCAUCUUCCAAUCAUCUCACAGGACAUCUAA